AUGUCAAAGACACCAACAUUACGUGCAUCCGAUAACCAGAAUGACGGCCGUCCGCAUGUCCUGCUAGCAUGCACAGGCUCAGUCGCAACCAUCAAGAUACCCCUAAUCAUCGAAGCACUUUCGCAUCAUGACAUUUCCAUGCGCUUGAUACUAUCCUCCUCAGCCAGCCAAUUUCUCCGCGGACAGUCUGCCGAACAGCCUUCUGUUGCAUCACUUCUCGAGAUUCCCAAUCUUGAAGCUGUUUACACCGAUGAGGAUGAAUGGUCACAGCCAUGGACUCGUGGUGCAGACAUUCUACACAUCGAGCUGAGGCGGUGGGCCGAUAUAAUGAUAAUAGCCCCUCUUUCCGCCAAUUCCAUGGCCAAGAUGGUUGCUGGUAUGGCUGAUAGUCUGGUUAUGUCUGUGGUACGUGCUUGGGACACGACUGCUAUACUGGAUGCUCAACGGACGAAUCUACCCUCAUCCCUUCGUACAUCGACAGGGAAAAAGCCCUUGUUGGUUGCUCCUGCUAUGAAUACUGCCAUGUGGGCGCAUCCAGUUACUCACAAGCAAGCUGCUGUUUUGGAGCAGGAAUGGGGCGUCGACGUUGGAGGCUGGAUCAGACUCAUUAGGCCUGUUGAGAAAGAACUAGCUUGUGGUGAUACGGGAGGUGGCGCCAUGCGUGAGUGGAAAGACAUCGUUACCAUCAUCAGACAAUACCUGGAUGUUGAGGCUUCCAAUUCAACAAGAAAUCCAACGGCAUGA